AUUUGUUCACUUUUCUUCUAGUCUUACUUACUCAUGAAAGGCAGCAUUGAGAAGGGCACUGUAGUCAGGGUUCCUGCUCAAUACGUUUCGUAUUCACAUACUGUCUUUGCCUAUUCUGCUUUCUUUAUUGCACUUAUAAUUGGGUGUUAUACACACUAUUAUAAAAUUGUACAGAAUGAAUACUUUGGGUUUCCUCAGGAAUGGCUUCCAAGUGUCAGUGCGACCACUGGCGAUCGAUAUCCUGCAAGAGCAUUAUUUCAAAUCUUGAUUGCCUUGACUUCAGGGCCUCGAUUUGUACUUGUCGGUCUAUGGUAUCUGUAUACGACUGUUUCUAUCAGAACAUCCACCUUGUUCUUUGGCAAAUUUUUGUUCUUGGUGGGUAUGGUACGUACUGUUGCUUGUGGUGGCUGGGUCUAUAUCACUUCAACAGACGAUCAUCAGACACAUGAUGUGGCCAUGACAAUCUAUCUUUUAUGCACUUUACCUUGGCAAUUAGGCGUUUUAUAUACUUGUUCGAAUACAGAUACAGUAGCUAUCAAACGAAGAAGGAUGUUGACCAUGACUUUCUUUGGCACAUUGCCUCCUAUGAUUUAUUUCUUUCUUCAACACAAGGUGUAUCGUGUCCCUGGAGCAUAUACUAUUUAUGCGUUCUUUGAAUGGUCUUUGAUCAUUUACGAUGUUGCAUUUGAUGCAGUCACAGCCUUUGAUUUCAAACGACUUGAACUUCAGAUCAUUCAACGUAAAAGCAAGCAUGAAAUGGCAGUAUAAAGCGUUUAUUAGAAAUAAAGAAAGACAAAAAUAAAAGGUAUAUUACAAUCUAAAGCGAAAAUCUAGGCGAUCAGAGCCAACA